AUGCCUCUUCCUGCUCUCUUCCUGGGCCCUUCCAUCCCCACGGACAACCACUCACGAACCUGCCCCUUGCAGGACCGAGCUGGACCCCUCCAACCCGUCAUGGUGCCUGGUGGUGCCAACGCAUGCUUUGAGCCCGGAGCCAUGUUUCAACCCAGGCGACGUCCUUUUGCGGCAAGGUUAAACGGCUCUUUCGUGUUGGAACUGGAUCUCGCUGGCCCGUUUGGAACACCACGCCAGAACCGUCAGCUUGAUUUUCAGUGCGACGCACUGACCAGAGGAGAUUUUUAG